UCAAGGUCGAAUCAACGUUUUGGUUUCCUCCCCACUAUAUGGACAAGUAGCGCGUGUGUCUCACGAUGACGGCGGCUCCCACCGACCGCUCGUCGAACACCGCGAUGGAGCGACGAACUCUGGCCUUGAACUCAAACCACAUGUGAAGGAGUCAGUCGCAUAGCGGAAACAACUUGUUAACCACGCUGCCUUUCAAGGAAAAUACUCGUUUCGUUUUCGACAGGGGGUAAUGGUGGUGAGACUCGACGAGGAGGACUCGGUGCCUGCCGCAUCCGCCGUGUUUUCGCUCCGCUCUCCUCCAUCAAUGGGAACAGGGCGCCCGGCGAGGGAGCCGGACGCCGGCAUGGCGUGAACGGACCGGAGACAGCGCGCCAUAGCUGACAACAUAUAGAGCACCGGCGAGGCGGAGGAGACCCGAAGGACACUCGAAAAGAGCAGUUGACACAAGGCGAGCGAAGGAAGAAAAUGAGUUUGCCGACAAACUGUGUGUUUCUGCCGCCUUCUAUCCAGGAUCGCUCCUUCAAAGUUCGCAGUGGGAAUAUCUGCGGAUCUCCGUGCGCCGUCAACCGGCCCAUUGACAUUGUGCAGAAACGCAGGCGUUUUGAUGUGGAGAAUGGACUGUCAGUGGGGCGCAGUCCCCUGGACUCCCAGACCAGUCCAGGUUCUGGUCUGGUUCUCCAGGCCAACUUCCCCCAUAGCCAGCGCCGGGAGUCCUUCCUGUACCGCUCGGACUCGGACUUUGACCUGUCGCCCAAGGCCAUGUCCCGCAACUCCUCCACUGCCAGCGACCUGCAUGGAGAAGACAUGAUUGUGACUCCGUUUGCCCAGGUACUUGCCAGCCUGAGAACAGUAAGAAAUAACUUUGCAGCUUUGACACACCUGCAAGAUCGUGUAGCCAACAAGCGGCCAUCAAGCAGUAAUCAACCAUCCAUGUGCAAACCAUGUGUAACAGAAGAACAAUACCAGAAGCUGGCAGUAGAGACCAUGGAGGAGCUGGAUUGGUGCCUGGACCAGCUGGAGACUCUACAGACCAGGCACUCUGUCAGCGAGAUGGCUUCCAAUAAGUUUAAGAGGAUGCUGAACAGAGAGCUCACACAGCUAUCAGAGACCAGCCGCUCAGGGAACCAGGUGUCAGAGUUCAUCGCGAGCACCUUUCUAGAAAAGCAGCAUGAUGUGGAGAUCCUGUCUCAAGCUCCUAAGGAGAAGGACAAGAAGAAGAGGCCCAUGUCCCAGAUCAGUGGGGUUAAGAGGGUCACCCACAGUCCCAGUCUGGCUCCCAGCUGCAUCCCUCGCUUUGGAGUUAGCACCCAGCAUGAGAGCCUGCUGGCCAAGGAAAUUGAAGACAUUAACCGUUGGGGUCUGGACAUAUUCAAAAUAGCAGAACACUCUGGAAACCGGCCGCUGACGGUGGUCAUGUACUCCAUCUUCCAGGAGCGUGACCUUCUGAAAUCAUUUAAGAUACCAGUGGAUACCUUCGUCACUUUCAUGAUGACACUGGAGGACCACUACCACACAGAUGUGGCAUACCACAACAAUAUCCACGCCGCCGACGUGGCGCAAUCCACCCAUGUCCUACUGUCCACGCCUGCUCUGGAGGCGGUGUUCACAGAUCUGGAGAUCAUGGCUGUCCUGUUUGCCAGUGCCAUCCAUGAUGUAGACCACCCUGGAGUUACCAACCAAUUCCUCAUAAACACUAGCUCUGAGCUGGCUCUGAUGUACAACGACGCAUCAGUGCUGGAGAAUCACCACCUAGCAGUUGGCUUCAAACUGCUCCAGGAGGAGAACUGUGACAUCUUCCAGAACCUCAGCAAAAAACAGAGAGACUCCCUCCGCAAGAUGGUCAUCGACAUGGUGCUGGCCACGGACAUGUCCAAACACAUGAACUUCCUGGCGGACAUGAAGACAAUGGUGGAGACGAAGAAGGUGACAAGUCUUGGAGUCCUCCUGCUGGACAACUACUCUGACCGCAUCCAGGUUCUCCAGAACAUGGUCCACUGUGCAGAUCUGAGUAACCCCACCAAACCCCUGGAGCUGUACAGGCAGUGGACUGACAGGAUCAUGGUGGAGUUCUUCACCCAGGGAGACAGGGAGAGGGACAAGGGCAUGGAGGUCAGCCCCAUGUGUGAUAAGCAAAACGCCUCCAUAGAGAAGAACCAGGUGGGUUUCAUUGACUACAUUGUCCACCCUCUGUGGGAGACAUGGGCUGACCUGGUGCACCCCGACGCACAGGACAUCCUGGACACACUGGAGGACAACAGGGAGUGGUACCAGAGCAUGAUCCCACGCAGCCCCUCCCCCUCUAGCCCAGAGGAGCACCACUCAGAGGGGGCACUUGGUGGAGCUGCGCUGGGGGCCAGAGGGACUGCCUCCUCUGGGGGGGGAGGAGGAGGGGAUAAGUUCCAGUUUGAACUGACCCUGGAGGAGGAAGAAGAAGAGGAAGAUGAGGGAGAGUCUGACUUUGAGACCCCCCCAGAAGAGAAGUCCCACCGGGUUGGGGAGAGGCCCAGAGGCUCCCCCCCGCCAUCUGUUCCCCCUGACUCCCACAACAGCAGCAGCAGCAGUAGCCGGUACCGGCCUCCUUCACCCCACCCAUCACGGACCCUCAGCCUGGCCACCAUGUCAGUUAGAAGCCCCCUCCCAAACAGGACGUUGACUCCCUCAGGGCUGGAGGGUGCCGACAAGGACAGAGAACUCAGUCCGGAGGGUGACAAGGUGGCCUGCCUACGCAUGGGCACGUAGCACCCAGGGCCAUCUACCCUGCCGCCACCCCCCCCCAUCCCCACCCUCACCCCACCUCCCGCCACAGGAGUUUAAAAGUGCCAAUAAGGUGGAGUAGGAGGCAGGGGAGGCCAUCUCCCCACUAAUAAAGUCUGUAAUCACCACAGUCCCUUUACACUGGAGACCCCCACCCCUGUCUCUCUGGAGAACAGUGGGCCUCUCCCCCUCUGGAUUAUUGAAUCUUGUCAAACAAGAAGAUGUUGUUUUAACUUUGUUCUCUCGGUGCCUGAUAGGCCCUUUGUGUCCCGCCUCGCUUUGUUGUAGCUGAACCUGGAGUGUCCCAGACACAGGCUGCUGCUUUUUAACAGAAAGAAAAGAGAGCGUGAACCAGACCUGGUCCAGGUUACCGUCUGGACACCAUUUGUUGUACGGAAACAGAAAAUGUCUUCCUCCAGAUCAAUGAUUGUGACAUUCUCACGUGAUCAGUGGAUAAGAAACAUCUUCAUUUGACAGGGUCUAGGAAUUGUUUUUUUGUUUUUUUGCACCAUAACUAUAAUUUAGGUUAUAAAAAAUGAUUGAGUUCAGCUGCAUGAAUGAGUUUGAUUUUCUAUGUUUUAGAUUUUCUGUUUUAGCCUAUUGAGAAUGACGUGAAUGCUAUGAUUUACCAAAUACAGGUUAUAAAUGAGCAGUGAGAGAAUUGAGUGACCUUAAGCCUCAGGGGAUGAAGAGAAAAAUAAAUGUUCGUGUAGCAUGAAUGUGGUGGGUACCCCUAACCUGACCUCUGGUUCAAUUACACCUAUCCCAAAUUAUUUGACCCAUCUUGUUCCUGUAAUUAAGUUAAAACUCUUUGUAUGACAACUUGUCAGCUCCGGCAAUGAAAUAAUGUUAAAAAAGCACAGUGGAUAUUAAACACAAGCUUUUUAUUUGCCUUGGAAAACGUG